AUGCAACUAUUCUCUUGGCCUCGAUCGCAGCUACUAGAAAUCGGCGACCAAAGCUGGUGCCCCUCAUGGCUGCACCAGCACGAGCAACUAGUUCUCACCCAAUUGUGGAAUCUUCGAGUCCCCUGGUGGAGCCGUGGAAGUCUUGCGAAACAGGCAUGUGCGGUGUUCAAAGAGCACUUGAAAGACCUUUCCUCGUACACAGUCUUGGACAUUUGCGCUGGCGCCGGUGGGCCUACCCCAGUCCUCGAAUCGGAACUCAAUAAACAACUCGAGUCCGAGGGCAAGGGCCCUGUUCAGUUUGUUUUGACCGAUUUGUAUCCCCAUAUUGAAGAGUGGGAGCGAAUCUCAAAGAAACAGCAGAAUGUCACGUAUAUCGAGAGCCCGGUGGAUGCUCGAGCUGUUCCUCGAUUCGCAGCAAGUUCGAAAAAAGAAUGUCGGAUCUUCAAUAUCUGUUUUCACCACUUUGGAGAUGAAGAUGCAGCAGGAAUUCUGCGUAAUGCAAUUGAGUCUGCUGACUCGUUUAUGCAAGUUAUGAUUCCGUUGAUAUCAUCUGUUUCAUCAGCUAAUUUGAUCCCCUAUAGCAUAUUCGAAAUCACGUCACGCGAUCUUUGGACCUGUCUAUGCUCGCCUUUGGUGUUCUUUUAUACUUUCUUUGUAACUCUUGUUUGGUAUUGGGAUUUGCCUAUCCAUCUCCUUUUCACAUUCAUUUUUCCCGUGGCACCUCUGACUAUCUUGAUUGAUGGGUUUAUAUCCUGUCUCCGAACUCGCACCGCAAAAGAAACCUGGCAACUGCUGGAUCAGCCAGACCUUGACCUCACCAACUGGACGUUUCACAGUGGGCAGAAAAUUGUUCAAUUCCCUUUCAUCACUUUGUAUUAUCAUGUUGGCAUCAAAUCAUAA